AUGGGCAUGUCAAGGACCACCCAGAUUUUCGACGCUGCUGCCGUACUUUCAGACCUCCUCAACCAGGCUCAUAUCACCCAUGCCUUCGCCGGAAAUUUUGAGGUCGUCGCUCUAGGAGGACCAGGUCGGGAUACUGAGGAAAUACUUUGUAUUGUUAUGAGCGGAUUUAGGAACGUUCGUGAAGCCAUCCAGGCUGGCGAUAGCGAAAUUAUGACCGCCAAUAUGGCUUCCUGGGCCAAUCGAUUAUUUGUCAAGUACCAUGAGCCCAUUCCAGCCGUCGAUAUCGAGAUUUGUGUCGCCGGUGAAGAGGGUCCACGAAAUCUGAACCCCCAAACCGUGAUGGCUUUACAAAACCUUCCCUUUCUAUCUGUCACCGAGUUCAUGCGUGCCAAAGUCCGGGUGUGGGCCAAUCGUAGCAAUCCGGACGACGCCCAAGAUGUUAUCUUUAUUCUUAAUCGUUACUGGGCUUCGAUAGACCUCAACCGCAUCCCCGAAGCUGACAUGGACCGCUUGGCUAUGGCCUACCCCGCUGCCGAAGCCCCAUGGAAUGCCAUCAAGGAACGUUACCAAUAG